AUGGCACUCGUCGCAGCAACAAACCCAAACCUUUACAGGUCCCGCUCCCGCAAACAAAGCACCGCGAGCAACAGCAGCAGACACAAGAGACCCGAAGUCCCCUGUCUCGGCUGCGACCUCAACUUCAACACCUACGCCGACAUGAUCUACCACCUAGAGUCGAUGACCUGCAUGUCCGGCCUCGACACCGUCUCCCUCAACAGUCUCGCCGCCCAGUGUCGAUACCAUAGGGACUUCGUCAACCCCGAGGCGAGGAUGGAGUUGUUGAAUGACAGCAUGGACUUCCCGACUCAUAUUGAUCGGCCGUUCUGGUGUCCUUGCUGUACGAGGGAUUUCCCGAGGUUGAGUGGGUUGUUUGAGCAUUGUGAGAGGCAUAGUAGUGAUCGACGCCAUAGGAGUGGGUCUAUUAGGAAGUUGCAGGAGUGGUUGGAUGAUGCUACCAGUCCGAGGUAG